AGUAACCAACCACCUUCUCACAGCUUGCCGCCAUUUUCAUCAACUGUCAACCUGGUUGGCUGGAAUAAACUAUCCAACCACAGUAAGCACUUCUUUACUGCCGCAGUAAGCACGUUUCCUCCGCCGCACCAUGCCCAUCCAAACAGCUCCUUAUGAAACACUAAUGUCCUCCUCCUUCCUCUUCCUCCUCCUCCUCCUCCUCCUCCUCUCCUCCUCCCCUACCCCAUCUCUCUCCCAGCUAAACUCCACCGCUCCAUGCCCCCUCAACUUCACCAUCCUCCGCCAGUUCAACCCGGGCUCCCAUAACCGCCGCCGCUACGACCUCAACACCGGGUGCCAGUACUUCGUCCAGGGCCUCCGCCUCGUCGACUCCGAGUACCUCCGCCGCACCGGCAACUUCCUUCCCCCACCCAACGCCUCCGAGUCCUGCUGGGCGGACUACCAAGCCCUAGCCUCCGAGCUCGUCCCCAAUUUCGACAUUCGGGCCAACUGCGGCUUCCAGACCAGCUGGAUCUCCGAAGGAUGCACGAACGUCUCCACCAGGUCCCAAUUCGAAUCCCAAGUCGGAAACACCUCGCUCAACGACGUCGCCUCCGCCUGCAACCAGUCUCUCGGAAAUGGAUCACCCUGCGCCCUCUGCACCACCCGAAUGACCUCGCAGAGCUCAUUCUUGACCGGCGAGUCCGUCGGAAACAUCUCCACCUGCACGGCGUACCCGUCCAUUUACGUGGCGGCUUUCCUCGCACCGACCGAUAUGGGCACAGCCGAGUGCUUGUUCGCGCUCAGAACCCUGGCGGAGGGAUCCGGUAAGAAGAAAAAGAAGGUAAUUUUGAUUGUAUUGGUUGCUAGCGGUGUCGGAUUGCUGAUUGUGAUCGCCGGCAUUUGGUUUUUGUGGCAUAAAUAUAAAGACUUCAGGGCUAAGAAGAGGAAAAAAGAUAUUAGUGAUAAAAUUGAACAGGGAUUAGGUUCUGCUUUAGAGUCGAUUAGUGGAAGUACUAAUGUAAUUAAGUUUAAAUACGAAGAGAUUAGUGCUGCAACCAAGAAUUUCUCCAGGGACAAUGUAAUUGGGAGAGGAGGAUAUGGAAAUGUGUACAAGGGAAUUCUGGAUGAUGGUUCUGAAGUUGCAUUGAAGAGGUUCAAGAACUGCUCGGCUGCUGGCGACACAAUUUUCGCGCACGAGGUUGAGGUGAUUGCGAGUGUUAAGCACGUCAAUCUCGUUGCAUUGAGAGGUUAUUGUAUUGCCAAUACUCCUUUGAUGGGUCACCAGAGGAUCAUUGUGUGUGAUUUGAUGAAGAAUGGAAGUCUCCACGACCAUUUAUUCGGGUCGUUUGAGAUCAAGCUUAGUUGGCCAAUUCGUCAGAGGAUUGCGCUGGGGAUGGCGAAUUGGUUAUUGCUAUGGGCUCAACCAACUAUUAUCCAUAGGGACAUCAAAGCUAAUAACAUACUCUUGGAUGAGACAUUCGAGGCCAAGGUAGCAGAUUUUGGGCUCGCGAAGUUUACACCUGAGGGAAUGACGCAUUUGAGCACGAGGGUGGCUGGAACAAUGGGUUAUGUUGCUCCAGAGUAUGCGUUGUAUGGACAGUUGACGGAUAAAACUGAUGUGUAUAGUUUUGGUGUUGUGCUUCUUGAGCUUUUGAGUGGAAAGAAGGCGGCAUCGAUAAUAUAG